UUGGACUCUCGCGCACACGCUGGUGACAUCACGCGAUGUUUAUAGUGCUAUGGCGUACCAGGAAGGGGAGUCGCUUGAAUCUUGGCUCAAUAAAGCCACCCAUCCUACAAACAGACAGGAGGACUGGGAGUACAUCAUAGGCUUCUGUGAUCAGGUCAACAAGGAGCUAGAAGGUCCUCAGAUCGCUGUGACUCUGCUCGUCCACAAAAUCCACUCGCCACAAGAAUGGGAGGCUCUCCAGGCUCUGACAGUAUUGGAGGCGUGCAUGAAGAACUGCGGGAGAAGGUUUCAUAAUGAAGUUGGAAAAUACAGAUUUUUGAAUGAGCUGAUUAAAGUCGUGUCUCCAAAGUACAUGGGUGAGAGCGCACCUGAGAAGGUGAAGACGAAGAUAGUUGAGAUGCUGUACAGCUGGACGGUGGCUUUUCCAAAUGAAACCAAGAUCGGUGAAGCCUACCAGACGCUGAGACGACAAGGCCUUGUGACACAUGACCCGGAGUUACCUCUGGACCGGACUCUGAUCCCCUCGCCUCCGACACGACCUAAACAUCCAGUGUUUGACAAUGAGGACAUGGGCAAGCUGCUUGCUGAGCUUCUCCGCAGUAAAAAUCCAGAGGACCUCCAGGAAGCCAACAGAUUGAUCAAAAACAUGGUGAAAGAGGAUGAGGCUCGAGUGCAGAAGGUCACAAAGCGUAUAAACACACUGGAGGAGGUGAACAUCAAUGUGAAGCUGCUGACGGAGAUGCUGUCCCACUACAACAAAGACAGCUCCACUGAAUCAGACAAGGAUAUCAUUAAGGAACUGUACGAGCGGUGUGACAAGCUGAGACGUGCUGCUUUCAAAAUGGCCACUGAGACAGAGGACAAUGACACCAGUUUAGGUGACAUCCUGCAGGCCAGCGACGACCUCUCCAGGGUCAUCAACUCUUACAAGAAGAUAGUUGAGGGGCAGCCCAUCAACGGCGACAGCGAAGAGCCUCGAUCGACAACUGGUCACAGUGAGAGUGAGACCACAGACACGCUGAUCGAUCUCGCCGGCCUCGACACUCCGAGCCCUCCUCAACCUGCAGCCCCUCCCUUCCAGACCUCAGAUCUUGUCCCCACCACUCUAACAGCUUCCCCCAUCCCUGUCCUGCCGCCUCCUCCCAAACGCUUGGCCGGCUCCCAUGGCAGUCAGAGCAGCAGCCCGAGUCACCCCCCCCUCGACAAGGCUUCCACUGCACUCUCUCUGCUUGACGACGAGCUGCUGUCUCUAGGUCUGAACGACCCUCCUACCUCCCUGAGCAGCCAGUCAAAACCCAUGCUGAACGAACUGUCCAAUCAGUGGACUUCCUUGCAGGCUCCAGCUUCAGGUGUGGACAUGUUUGGCACUAUAGCUUGUUCAGGUCCAGUGGUGCCUCCAGCUGAACCAGCUGCUGCCACACACAGCCUCCAGAACCUGCAGGACCUGGCCAUGAUGGGCUUUUCAGAUCACAAGAGUUUAUCCAGCCAGAUGACUGUUAGAGGAGGCUUUGGGAUGCCUGCAGCAGCACCUUCCCUCGUACCCGGGCAAGGCUCUCCCUCCUCACCCUCUCUUCUCCAGAGCACAAUGCCCGGCUCUCCUGCUCUGACCCACGUCAAGGCCCAGGGUCUGGGCUCAGCCCCGGGCAGCCCGCUAUUCCGCUCUCUGUCCCCCUGCCACCCUCCUCUCCAAGGCAGCCCGGCCAGAGCCACAGACAUCUCCCUGAGCAAUGUUUACGUUCCUCUGGAGGCCAUCAGACCAAGUAAAGUUCUGCCUGUGACAGCCUACGAUAAAGACGGUGUCCGCAUGCUCCUCAACUUUGCAUCUGACUGCCCCCCUGGCAGACCCGACGUGUUGGUAAUGGUGGUGUCCAUGCUCAAUACAGCGCCCCUGCUUGUUCACAGUGUGGUACUGCAAGCUGCUGUGCCCAAGUCAAUGAAGGUGAAGCUGCAGCCUCCAUCAGGAACAGAACUGGCACCAUUUAACCCUAUCCUACCUCCAGCCUCCAUCACCCAGAUCAUGCUGCUGGCCAACCCCACAAAGGACAAGGUGCGUCUGCGCUACAAGCUGGCUUUCACACUCGGAGACCACCUGUGCAACGAGGUCGGAGAGGUCGACCAGUUCCCCCCACCAGAGACGUGGGGUCACCUAUAGAAACAUGCGCGCCUGCUAUCACUCGGCAGGGACAGACCGGUUCGUACUCCAUGAAGGGAUACUUCUGUGUGUGUUUUCACAUCCAUCCCAGAGAGAAAGACAGGGGAGGUGGGGAGAUUGAGCUGCACUCCACCUUUCAGCUUCACAUUCCUUAUAGUACUUCAUUUAUUUGGCCACUGGCUUUGAGAAGCUAACAGCAGACACACCAGUUGUAUUUAUACAGUGCUUGUAUACUUUUGUGCAGAUAGCUAACAAACUAAAGACGUACACUGGUCGUACAGGCGGCUGUGGUGUUUACAGGUCGAUGGCAUUGAGAUAAAUAUUUUAAUGGAUCUUCCCCAGGGUGAACAUAACAGACUCGAAUGUACUGUAAAUUAUCGAUGCAUUAGAGCUCAGCCCGACUGACAUGAUGGAUUGCAGCAUAUAAAGAAUAUUUUAAAAGAUACUAACCUCAAAUUAACGGAGCCUACGAUACAACACUUGUGGUUUUAUUUGUUUAUUCUCUGGAAGAGUACUUUGUCGACCCACAGAAAACAUACUUGAAUAUAUUCAGAAUUUGAAAAUGGGAUCAGGUAGAUGUGGUAGGAUGGAGUUACACUGGAAAAUUCAUCCGUUAAGCAAAAAUUACUGUAGGUUUUUGACAUAAUAAAAAGGAAACGUGUAUUUUUCCACCUGGGCCACAUGUUUUUGUGUCUAAGUGACUAAUAGAGACAACUGUUUUUAAAAUUGUUCCAGUAUUGAGAGAGAGCGCUCCAGCCACAGCGGCAAAACGGGCUGCAAUGUAAACCCUACGGACAAUUACACACCGUCAAUUUACAUCCAUUAAAAGUGCUUGUUUUGCCACUGACAGGCUCAGGUUAUUGUAAGUGUCUAACAUUACGAAUAGGACCCCACAGAGAAACUGAAUGUUUUUCCUCACCAUUCACUGGUCUGUUUGUCAGUGUGUGUAACCAAGGGUGUGUUCUGAAUCGCAUACUUUUUCAUUUUACUUUUAGAAGGUGCUGCUGCUGCCCUUAAAAAGUACGUACUGUUGCAUGUGUAUGCACACAAUCAGGACAUACUUCUUCCUGAACUUUGACCCUCUUACUCAUAUAUCCAUUACCAUGGAGAUAAAACAUAUGCCGUUCAGUGAGCUCAGCAGAGCCUGGACAGCUCUGAUGUUGUUAUUUUUGUUGAUUCUAGCAUUUUAUAUUGACGAUAGUAACAUCACAGAGGCUGUACACUUCUCUGUCAUUGUAAUUAAAUACUUUGGAACUUUUUUCGUUGGUUAUAUUUAUGAUCAUUUUAUCCAGUUAAACAAUAAUAUUAGUUUUGGCUGAGUAUUUACCUGAUUUCUAAAAAGUUAGGAGGGUAGGACUGGAUGUAUUUUGGGGGACAGUCUUAACCAUCAGAUGUAUGCUGACGACUCAGACGCCCUGUCUCCUUAUAGUGCUGGCUCACAGAAACUGCUCAGUCUGCUCAGCUCAUGGUGUGGGCAGUAUGGCAUUAAGUUUAACCCUAAAAAGAGUGUUAUCAUAAUUGCUCAAACCAAGGAGGAACAGAGGCAAAUGACCUAUGUGAUGGUGAUGAUGUGUAGCGCCAGUGUUGUAAACUCUGCGCACAAGCCGGAAUGCUGGCUUGUAAAUUUUACAUGUGUACAGAUUAUGUUAAAACAGUCUUUAAUGAUGCCUUAAGAAUCCUGCUCACGCUCCCAAGACGAACAAGUGCAAGUUACGUUUGUGGCGAGCAAUGUUCCCACCCUUUAUGCUGUGCUGAGGAAUUGAAUGAAUGAAUGUAUGUGUCGAUUAAGUGAUUCAAAAAAUGUAAUUAUACUGAGCCCACGCAGAGUGAAACAACGUACUCCUUGUUUUUGGAAACACUGGAACAAAUGUCUGUAUGUGUUGUAAUGACUGUAGACUUGUGGACUGCAAUGACGUCUGUUGCUGUCUUUGUAUUUAUUUGAUUUAAUACUGGUAUGGACCUAUGUGGAAAAGUCUGCAAGAUUUCAGUUUAACAUUUGGAUACACACACUAACAAACAGACCGGAUCAAGUGAAAGGUAAAGAAAAAUGUUGUAUUUCUCUGUAGGGUCCUUUAAAUAAUGUGUCAGACACAUAAAAAUAAUAAUAAUCUGAGCCUGUCAGUGGCAAAAACAAACACUUUUAGUUGACGGUGCACAAUUGCCUGUAGGGAUGAAACUGCAGCCUGUUUGUUGUCUCCAUUAGUCACUUAGACAUAGGAACAUAGGAUCCAAGUUCAAACAUACCAAAGUUUACCUUUAAUGUCGCCCUGUUUUAGAUUACUGGACCAAUACUGUUUAAUUUAAUGCUGUAAAGGAAACCAGCUCCACUUAAGAUGGUUCAAUUAUAAUUAUAAAUAUGUCGUUAUAACUCGAGCCGACUGAGUCAAACUCUGGUUUUGCUUUCUGUGAUUAUUACUUUUAUCUUUUGAAAUUAAAUGAAAGGUGAUUUCAUUUCAGUCUUGAUUUUAGCAGAGUUCAUAUUUCUGUUCUGUAUUUAAAGAUGUUUCUACCAGUGUCAGUAUUGGGAGUAUUUCUGUCAUAUUUAUUAUUUCCUGUUCUGUUAUAGUAUUUCAGUGCAUCACUGAACCUAGAAAAUGUGAACUGGAACAUCUGAAUUUAAAAUUUUGGUGGCUUGAAAGGGAAACAUGUCACCAGGCGUGUGUGUUCAGCAGUGGGACAGAGUGGAACUGUGCUGUGAGUACAUUUUCAUAAAUCAGUCCUCUCGAUCCGCCUUUAGGGUCCCUUCUCUGGCAGUCCUCAGCUCGUCGUGUGGGAUGUACAGAGGAAAUGUGUGUUUAAUGUACAUAGUGUGUAAUGUACCUAUUGUGUGUUGUAUGACAAGUUAUGUGAACACGUGACGUGUAGAUUUUGGGAGAGUGUUAGGUUUGUACAUACUGUAUGAUGUGCCAUUUGUUCGCUACAUGAAAAUAAA